GCCCAGCCGCGCGCACUCGGCCCCCAAAUCGCCCGAGCCCAGAGAACCCGGGGGACCCCACCCGCCGCCCGCCAUGAGUGAAAUUCCUAAGGACUCCUUGAAGGCCAUUCUGUUGGAAUUAGAAUGCCACUUCACAUGGAAUUUGCUGAAGGAAGACAUUGAUCUAGUUGAUGUGGAAGACACAAUCAGGCAACAGCUGGAAUUUCUUACUACCAAGUCCAAACUUACUCUUUACAACCUCCUGGCCUAUGUGAAACACUUAAAAGGCCAAAAUAAAGAGGCCUUGACAACAUUGGAGCAAGCUGAAGAAAUCAUCCGGCAAGAACAUUCAGAUCAAGAAGAAGUACGAAGUCUGGUCACAUGGGGAAACUACGCAUGGGUGUAUUAUCACAUGGGUCAGCUUCGAGAGGCUCAGCAAUACACAGAGAAGGUCAGGAAUGUCUGCAAGAAACAUUCCAGUCUUUGCAGCUACAAACUGGAGUGCCCAGAGAUUGACUGUGAGAAAGGGUGGGCACUCCUGAAAUUUGGAGGGAAAUAUCACCAGAAGGCAAAAGAGGCUUUUGAGAAGGCCCUGGAAGUGGAACCUGACAAUCCCGAGUUUAACAUCGGCUAUGCCAUCACUGUAUAUCGGCUGGAUGAUUCUGAGCGAGAAGGACUUGUCAAGAGUUUUUCUCUGGGCCCCCUGAGGAAGGCUGUCACCCUGAACCCAGACAACACCUACAUUAAGGUUUUCCUGGCCCUAAAACUUCAGGAUGUCCAUGCAGAAGCAGAAGGGGAAAAGUAUAUUGAGGAAAUUCUGGACCAGAUCUCUGCCCAGCCCUAUGUCCUGCGUUAUGCUGCCAAAUUCUACAGGAGGAAAAAUGCCUGGCACAAAGCUCUUGAACUUUUGACAAAGGCCUUGGAAGUGACGCCAAGCUCUUCUUUCCUGCAUCACCAAAUGGGACUUUGCUAUAGGGCACAGAUGAUUCAGAUCAAGAAGGCCGCAAGGAACAAGCCCAGAGGAAUAGACAAGCUGAAGGUGGAUGAGCUGAUUGCAUCUGCAAUCUGUCAUUUCAAGGCAGCCAUGGAACAAGACUCCAUGUUUGCUUUUGCCUACAUAGACCUGGCCAACAUGUAUGCCGAAGGGGGUCAGUAUCGCCAGGCUGAAGAGAUCUUCCAGAAAGCCCUACGUCUGGAGAAUAUCAUGGAUGAUCACAAACAUCAGAUCCACUUCCAUUAUGGUCGCUUUCAGGAAUUUCACCGCAAAUCUGAAAGCACUGCCAUCCAUCAUUAUUUAGAAGCCUUAAAGAUCAAAGACAAUUCGACCCUUCGCACCAAACUGACAAGCUCCCUGAAGAAAUUAGCUUCCAGGAGACUGGGCUGCAAUGGUUUCGAUGCACAGAGUUUAAGGGCCCUGGGGUUUGUGUACAAGUUAGAGGGCCAGAGGAGGCAAGCUGCCGAUUAUUAUGAAAGGGCCCAGAUGUUAGAUCCUGAAAACGAGGAAUUCCUUACAGCUCUUUCUGAGCUGCGACUUUAACUUUGCACACUGGGAAAAUGGUUCUGAGACU